AUGCGGGGUGAAUUUAAUGGUUUACAAGCUUUGUUUCGUGAAGAGUGUCCAUCUGCAUAUUAUGUGCAUUGCUUUGCUCAUCGCUUACAAUUGACUUUAAAUGCUGCAGCUAAAGGAGUGCAUGAUAUUUGGGAAUUUUUCUCUACUCUAAACUUCAUUGUAAAUUUUGUUGAUUCUUCUACAAAACGACAUUCAGCAUUAAAAGUUAUCAGAGAAGAAGAAAUUGUAGAGUUAGUGGCUGCUGGUACACUUGGUACAAGAACAGGGGCUAAUCAGGCUUGCACUUUGCAACGAGCAGGGGCUACUCGUUGGGGUUCACAUCUUCGAUCUAUAUCAAGUUUGAUUAAAUUAUUUGGAGCCACCCGAACAACUCUUGCCGAAUUGGUUGCAAACGGACCAAAUAAAGUACAAGGAGAAGCAAAGAGUGUAGAGUUGGAUAGUAGAUUUCAAGAUAAUUCGUUGGAGCUUCUUGUUCUUAGUGCUACAUUUGAUCCUCGUGAUAAUUUUGUUUCAUUCAAAUCUGAAGAUGUUUGCAAUCUUGCUUUGAAGUUUUAUUCUGAAGAUUUUACAUCAUCUGAUAUGUAUGCUCUAGACAUGGAGUGUGGGUUGAUUUUCCUUGUUCUGACUCUGCCAGUUUCUACAGCAACAACAGAGAGAGCAUUUUCAUCUAUGAACAUCAUAAAAAACAGACUUCGAAAUAAGAUGGAAUAUGACUUUCUUGAUGAUUUGAUAGUUCUCUACAUUGAAAAAGACUUUGCCGAUAGUAUUGAUAAUGAUUCAAUGAUUACUGAAUUUGAAGUUAGUGGGCCUCGGAGGGUACGAUUCAGAUAG